CCUCUCAUACGCAUCCAAACAGGUCACAGCAGCUACCCCCGCCCGUACCUUAUCCCUUCUCCCCCCACCAUUCAUCUCCAACCCUUCAUCCCCAUCCAUCGCCAUCUCUCUCUCUCCCCCUCUCUCUCUUCCCCGAUCAUCAUCGUCAUCAUCAUCGUCAAAUUCAAAUUCAAACUCAUCACAGAAAGUCAUAAUGGAGAACAACCAGCAGGCCCAAUCCUCCGCGUACCCGCCGCAACCCCCAUUCCAGCACCUCCUGCAGCAGCAGCAGCAGCAGCUGCAGAUGUUCUGGACGUACCAACGGCAGGAGAUCGAGCAGGCCAACGACUUCAAGAAUCACCAGCUCCCCCUCGCCCGCAUCAAGAAGAUCAUGAAGGCCGACGAGGACGUCCGCAUGAUCUCCGCCGAGGCCCCGAUUCUGUUCGCCAAGGCCUGCGAGCUCUUCAUCCUCGAGCUCACAAUACGCUCCUGGCUCCACGCCGAGGAGAACAAGCGCCGCACCCUCCAGAAGAACGACAUCGCCGCCGCCAUCACCCGCACUGAUAUCUUCGAUUUUUUGGUUGAUAUUGUUCCUAGGGACGAGAUCAGGGACGAGACCGGCGGAUUGGUCGUCGGCGGCGUUGUAACGCCGGCCGCCGCGGCCGGCGGCGUCCCGUACUAUUACCCGGCGAUCGGACAGCCUGCACCAGGAGUUAUGAUGGGGCGCCCGGCGGUGGAUCCCUCUGGCGUGUACGGGCAGCCGCCGUCCCAAGCGUGGCAGUCCGUGUGGCAAGCUGCCGGCGAUGACGGGUCGUACGGCGGAACCGUGAGCGGCGGCGGACAGGGGAGCCUCGACGGACAAGGUUAAGCAAUCUGACAAUGCAGAAGCUAUGGUGAUGCUUGGAACGAGGAAUGGAUGACUUUCAAGCCUGAGGCUGUGAUUUUACCUGCAAUUUUUCUUAUGGAUUAGAAAUUCGCCCAUGCAUCUAAUGUCAUUUGUGGAGUCUGCCUUGUAACUUAGUAACUUCAUUAGAAACUUGUUUAACUCACUUUGAUGCAGUCCAGUGACAAACCAACAAGGUGAUUGAACUAUGCAAUCCUAUGUGCAGAUUUGAAUUUGGGUUCCUUUUGCUGCUGAAUUCAUUGGCUCUCUCUCUCUCUCUCUCUCUCUCUCUCUCUCUCUCUCUCUCUCAUAUGCAAUCUUCAAAUGUUAUUUGUGGGGACCGUAUUUGUAACUAGCAACUCUAUUAGAAACCUGUUAUAACUCACCGUUAUGUAGUACUGUGACACCAACAAGGUGUUUUUAUCACUGAACUAUGCAAUCCUUUGUGCA